AUGAUUGCAUUACGUUACGACGAAGUGCUGACAAUCUCGGAGAAGGUAGUGGUGCGAGUGCACGACCUAGUUACGUGGUUGUCGCCUUCGCUACAGUGGUCAUGGGGCCGCGAAGUACAACUGCCGCCGACGCCGUCAUCGUCACCAGACUCGUCGCCACAUCCGCAGACCUUGUCAGAUCCGGGUCUCGACUUCACGGACGUGGAGCGGCUUCAAAAGGAUCUGGAAGCUCUGUCGACGCGGCGAAACGAGUAUCAGAUCAACAACAACAGCAGCGAAGGCACCAAAGUCGUCGUACUUUCGUAUCCAAGGUACUGCCGUUAUCGAGCGCUUAUGCGUCGACUCGAGGGUUCGGAACCAAAAUGGUUGGCUUCCUCCGCUGUCGCGGCACUUGGUGGCUUCGCCGCUCUGCCCGGCACGAGGGUGCUCUUCUGUAGGGACACCUUCGACUAUCCGGACCUGGAAACGCAUGAAUUACUGUGCAAUCACUUAGCACCAAAACUGAAAGGGCGACCUCGGAGAAAGCGCAAAAAGCGCAGUGUAUCACCGGGCGAAUCGAGCAACGAGAGCGAAGCAUCGGUGGCCUCGUCAGCGGCAGCAUCAACUUCCAAAGGCUCGUCGUCGUCGUCCGGACAGUCGAGUUUGUGUAAUUCGACAGGUACACCUGGACGACCGAGUGCCGCUGUUAUCGCUGCUGCGGCUGCCAAACGCGUUGAUCGCAAACCAAGCGCCGAGGAGAAAAAGUUUCUUGGUGACGUGCACACAUUCAUGUCUUCGCGCAACACGCCGCUCGGCAAGAUGCCUCUUCUUGGUUACAGACAAAUCGAUCUAUACUUGUUCUACAGUAAAGUACAGGAUCUAGGCGGUUAUGAUAGAGUCAGUGAAAAUCGUUUGUGGAAGGUAAUCUACGACGAGAUGGGUGGUAACACCGGUUCGACGAGUGCUGCGACGAUAACAAGAAGGCACUACGAAAGGCUGUUAUUACCAUACGAAAGAUUUGAGAAGGGAGAAGAUAUUAAAAUAAAAGCAAGCCUUGCUGGCAGGCGGAUCAAGACGCCGAGUAUAUCGGACGCUUCGGAAGACUCGGUCGAAGUCAAACGGGAAAAUGAAAGUCCACCACCUUCUCAAACACCGCCACUUUCGAUUGACAUACCUACUUCGGCAACGAUUACACCUCCCCCUAUGCAGUCUAUAACGUCAACUUCGCCAUUCCUACCCGGAGACAAACCUCGAAGCGAGAGCGGCAAGACGUCGUCGUUGCGUAGCGUGCGGGUGAAGCCUGAGCGUUUAAAGUCACUCAAUACGAUAAUAGCGACCAGCAACUCAACCUCUGUCAGCCAGCAACAACUGCCUAAUUCGCCAACCUCCCUGCUCUCGACGUCUAUUACCACCUCGUCGUCCACGGCAUCAUCGCCAACGAAUACACCGCCAACCUCGACCACGCCAACGAAUGGCAGUGUGCUCGAGAGACAGCUGAACAAUCCUGUCUUGUCUCAACAGGUACCGCCAUCGUGUUCGCCACUAGGACUGCCCGUAAGCGCAGCGAAUGCCACGGCGGUGGUAACGCUAACACCACCCCCAGAGAAGGAUAUGAAAGAGAUCAAACUUGACCCUAAACAAACAAAUUUACUCGCUCAAGGCAAGGAGAACAUUCCUCUGUUCGAAGAGAAGAGUCCUAUAUUCGUAGAUAAGCCACGUUCGCCCGAAGUGAUUGACCUCGAGACCGACAACGAGCCUGGCACCAGGGACAACAAGCUUAUCAUUCCUAUUCCUAGCUUCAAAAAGCGAAAACUUGAGAUAUUGCGUGAGGGUGGCUUAGAAGUUACUCCUGUAGAAUUAGAUGCUCGACCAAGCGUUAUUCAGCCAACGACGACAGUGAACACGGCGGUUCCCGCUUUGGUCAAUUCCGCAGUACCGGCAUCGACGUCACCGCCAUUGAAUGCGGUUCCUCCGAUAGCUGGCACAGCAUCGCCAAUAAAACUCGACCUUAAAGCACCUACGAGUCCCUACAGUUUGCCAUCGCCGGCAGUUAUACCGAAGUUAAUAAAUGUAACUGUCAUGCCGGACAUUGGUCACAUGCUGCCACGCUCUGAAGAGAAUAGAACUCCAACAAAACAGCAACGGUUAACUCCAACCAGUCAAAACAGCAAUGGCGCGCCACCAAAUCAGACCCCAACGGCAAACAGUCGUGUUAUUAACCUUGGCAAUUCUAAUGCUUCACUACUACAACUUUACGCAAAUGCAAACGUUCCAAUACCACAGUCACUGAACACAACGCUUGGCCAAGUUAAUCAUCGAUUUGUGCAACCAUCACUGCCGAAUGGCAGACCUCUGAUUCCAAAAGUCACUCAGUCCAGGUCAAUCUUUGGUAACAGUAGUUGCGAAAAAACUGUCUAUGGCAAUCCAAAGGACAUUCUUGCAGCACCCAAAUACAUGCCUCCUAUGCCUCCACAGCCACAUACACCGAGAAGUCCUAGUAUGCUUUCUGUUCCUGGUGUACAAUGUGGGACGAGUACUUGUAAUAGUGAGCCUCCUGCAGGUGGUAUUCUUGAUCUCACAGCGAAACCAACGAAUGACAGAUCAGGCUACGGACGACCGAACCUCGAAAUUGUAAGGGUACCCGUAGUACCACGUCCAACUCCCUUGAAUCUCGAGACCCGAAACUUCGAGGCUCACCAUCGCAGUGUCAUCAACGUUCCGACAAAUCUAAGCAAAGAUAUGAAUAGCAGCAAGCCACCUGACAUGUCAGCUCAGGCGCGUAACAAAAGUCAGUUCGUAACCGGUAGUGUGCCACCGAAUUCUGUCGGGUAUACGAAUGUAUUGGACAAUCGCACGAUGGCUACGAACAACUUGGAGAUUACGCUUGUUAGUCCAAAGAAAUCCUCUGGUGGCGUCGUUGGUGUACCACAGCUCAGUCCUCCUACUAGAAAUAAUACGCAACCGCCACCAGCAGUACCUGUACAAAGGAGGCCACCUCCUCCAUCGCCUCAGCAUCACCUCAACGGUAAAUUUCCGUCAAGAAUGCCACCAGAGCCCAUUUCUCCUUAUACGCCGAGAAAACCAACAGUUUCGAGUGGUGUGCCGAGUGUUGUCAGUAAUCACCAUCCAGUGAUACCGAACGUACCAAAUCUUAGCCAUUUGAACUCGAGUCCUGUUUCGAGUUUUGCAAAGGCACCAAUGCCUAAUUAUCAGUACUCGGCGAUGGAAAAACGAAAGACGACUGAGGCAACAGGUAGUCAGCAUAAGGAGAUGCGCAGGAUAAGUGAGAGUGACAGAAUGUCGAUGCAGCAGCAUCUUGAUAGGUUGGAGUCUGGAUCAUCGUCGAAGCAAUCGAGGGAAUCGGAAUCGUUAAGAAGACACAGUGUUCCGAGUUUACCAGCUAAUUAUAUGCCGUCGAUCCCGCCCAACAGUCCAGCUUUUCUGGCACAUCAGUUAGCUGCUGCGGGUAACUCACCGUCAGCAGCAGCAGCCGCGGCCGCGGCAGGCAAAUUUUUGCCGAUCCUUGACCCCAUAUACUAUCCGGCGUUCUAUAACGGCCUGUUCCCAGGGCCAAUGGCGCCACCAGGGGCACCAGCUCCACCUUUCCUGCCUCCAGAGUUCAGCGCCUACUACAAGGAGUUGCUAGCUCUGCAUCCAGCAGCUGCCACGGCUCAGCAGACGAGGCUUGCCAUGGCUGCUGGCCAACAGCAUCAACCUGCUGCGCCAACCUCCAAGUAGACGAACAGCAAAGCUGCGAUUUCAAUGCGUUAGCUGUUUACGAUUAGCGACUUUUUGUUUAAUUAUUUACACUUUUGUUGUGAAUACCCGAAGGCAAGUGUACCUUGAGGCUGCAGUAUGCUCCUUAACUCCGUUGUUUCACGUGACUGAAUGUUUUAUUUUGAAAGUAUUCGGAGAGACAAUGAUUGUUCUUCCUUCUUUUGUAAGUUAAGUUUUUUUUUAACAAAAAAUUUUUCUUCUGAUUAGAUUCUGUUAGCGUUUAUUUUAGUUUAGUUCACGAUUGCUUGGUGCAUUGUUCUUGUAAAAAUCAGAAAUUCAAAAUAUCUAUUAUAGAUAAAUGAAGAUUUAAUAUUUGAUAUUUAGUACUUUUAUUCGUCAAAAAGUACGUAAUAAAUAAUAAAAUUGAAAUUAUUAUUAUAACGUUUUAAAAAAGCGUUAAAAAUGUUAUUUGAAAGACAAGCAAUUGCAAAUCAUUUUUUUUUUAUUUUUAGAUUUUUAAUAAUGCUACAAUGCAGACAAGAAAUUUAUCUUUGAAAGAAAUUUUUUUCAAUGUUAUUGGUACAAACUGUAUAAUUAUCUUAAAUCGUCAUUUAAAAAGCCAAUCUAUAGGCAUGUUAAGUUAUAAAAAUAUUACAUAGGAACCUUUUUUAUUUGUUUGAUUAAACUUUAGAAAAAAAACAAGUUUGAUAUACAGUAAAUUUUUUACGCUGAAACCUCUUGUUCAAGGAUGCGAGGAUAAUUUCGAUACGCAAUUAAUGGCUAAUCGUACUUCAAGCGCAUUUUCCUUCCAACUCGUUCUAUGUGCGCAAUGUGAUAAUAUUGUGUAUUUGUAAAAUGCGAGAUAAUUACGGGAACGUCGAGUAUUAAAAGAUAAAAAAAGGCGUACACUUACGUGAGAUAAUAAUUUUUAUCAUUAUAAAACUCGCACAAGAUCCCGUAAACCUCGCUCUAUAAGUUAGCCAAUUUUCAUCUACGACAAUGAUAGUUACUAAAGUUAUAGCCGACUCUAAUACGUGCAUUAGUCGUAGUUAAUCGUAAGAUAAAACUUGGUAAAUGCUUUUUUUGGG